CGAGAAAGACGAAGGAGAACGAGAAGACGACACCGCCAUGCACGCGAGACACGACGACAACGACGAAGAGGACACCGCCGCGGCGUGAUCUCCUUUCUGUACUGUGGCCGAGCAGAGGAAACACCUUGGCAUGGAGAGCAAGCCACCUUGCGAACAAGAAGCCGCCGGGUGCAACAGUGGAGGUAACGAGGAGCAGGAAGCCAGGCGCGCUGCAUCUCCCGGAAAUUCGGAGAAGGAAGGGUCAGCUGUACCACAAGGGUCAGAGAGGUCAGAGGAACCAUCACCUGGACCAGCCACCAGCCGGCAUGCAGCCGAAGAGCAUAGCAGCUCCAGAAAUCAAGGAGACCCAAUCGACGUCACUGACGAUGCUGGUACCUCCGAAGAGAGCAGAACGGAUCGGUCAGAACCGGACGGCGGCAGCCGCGCGGCGAAGCGGGCCUACCGGUGCGACUACUGCCCGAAGCGCUUCGUCUCGCACUACGCCCUGCGCAAGCACAUGGUGGUGCACUCGUGCGUCAAGGCGUACGGCUGCAGGCUGUGCGGCCGCGAGUUCGCCGAGAAGGGGAACCUCGUGCGCCACCUGCGCUCGCACACGGGCGAGAAGGCGCACGAGUGCGGCGUGUGCGGCCGCCGGUUCGCCGCCAGGGGGAACCUGCUCAUCCACGGCCGCACGCACACGGGCGAGAAGCCGUACGCCUGCCACCUGUGUCCGUCCGCGUUCACCCGCAAGCGCACGCUGGACGUGCACGUCUCAGCCCACAAGGGUUGCCGGCCGUUCGCCUGCGACCGGUGCGGCAGCGACUUCUCGUGCAAGUCGUCCUACGUGCGCCACAUGCGGUCGCACACGGGCGAGCGGCCGCACGCGUGCGGCGAGUGCGGCGCCCGCUUCUGCGAGAAGACGACGCUCAACAACCACCGGCUCACGCACGCGGCCGAGAAGGCGCACGAGUGCCCGCGGUGCGGCAAGAGGUUCACCCGGAAGUGCAGCCUGGCGGACCACCUGCGCCGCCACGCGUGCGACGGGCGCCGCCACGCGUGCUACCUGUGCCAGGCGGCGUUCCCGAAGAAGGCCGCCCUGGACGAGCACAUGGCGACGGCGCACGAGGGCGUCAGGCCGCACGAGUGCGGCGAGUGCGGGAGGCGGUACGCGCGGCGGUCGGGCCUCUUCAGGCACGUCACGACGGCGCAUGCGCGGGAGAAGCCCCGCGACGAGGACCCGCCCCGAAAGGCGGGAGAAGAAGCAGCUCCUCCUCAAACAGAAAACCCCUAAGCAUAUUCGAACUCCUUUUGAAAAAGAAAAUUUACAUAGGCCUCGUUGCCGUGAUUGGGCACAACGUGGGAAAGAACCGAGCGUGCUACCACGGGUUGUUUUCCCGUAUAAGCGUGCAGUGCUCUUCUGUGACCUUUUCUUUCAAUGAGUUUGAAUUACGCACUUGGUCUUAUUUCUGCGCAUGGUUUGCGCUAAGGUUGGCAAGUCUUCGGAGUGAUAUGUGGUGACGAUUGCAUCUCGGAGCAGUGACGUGGCCACGAAGUAAGCGACCCCAGACGACGACAAUUGGGCCUUGAAUACACGUUGACUAGGAUAUAAUUUGCUAUAUUGAAACCGAUUUGAUCAGGACUCUUUCUCUUGGGCAUCACGAUGGGGAAAUACCGUG